AUACACGAUCCGAAUUUACCAAAAAUGAAGGAGUUUUACCAAUGUCAAAAGGAUUUCAAGAAGCAGAACACCGAACAAAUUCUUGCACUUUCUAAAGCUGCCUCUGAGAUCAAAUACCGUAUAAGGGAGGAUGAAAGACCCUCAGAACACCGUGUCAAUGAGCUGUGCAACAAAAUCCGUCCAUUUAUCAUUUCCAUCUGGACUAAUCUUAGAAAUGGGUUCUUGUAUCAAGAUCCUCUUGGAUGUGGCAACAUGUCUUGUAAAAAAUUUAGAAAUGUAUGCGUUGCGUUCGAUACACCUUUGAGUGAGGAAGAAUUGAUGGAGCUAGCUCGUGGUUUAGAUAUAAAAAAUGAAGGAUUUGUCAAUUAUGUGAAUUUCCUGAAACGUUUUUCAGAUGGGCAUGUUCCGCCAAAAGUUUGCCAAAAAUUUGACACUGUUCAUCAUCAAGUGAGAAAUAAGAAAGAUGGGUCUGAAAUUGGAAUUCGUGAGGUUAUGGAUAGCAUUCGUCAGAUUUGUCUCAAGGAACACAAGACCAUGUUGGCUGGUUUUAGAGCAAUAGCCGACCCCAAGCAUCCGGAAUUCUUCACAGAGGAAGAUUUGGGGAAAUUCCUACGAAAACAUGGAUUCGACCUCUCCGCCGAUGAUAUCUACCAUAUUCGAACAACUUAUGAUACUCGAAGACGUGGUUGCGUAUCUUAUUCGGACUUUCUUCAGCAGACUAUGGAUGUCACUAAACCCGCUGAAUAG